GGUCGGCGCCGGGGAUGCGGCUGCUGCUGCUGCCGCGGGCAGCGCGGGCGGGGGUCCCGCUGCUGCGGGGGGGCCCCGCUUCCCCAGGCAGAGCCCGGCCGAGCCACAGCGAGCCGCGGGGCCGGGAUGGACGCGGCGGGGAGGAGGAGGAAGGGUGGCACCAGCUGUACCCCGGGCAUAUCCCCACCAGCCCGCUGCAGAAGGCGCUGCUGGCCGCGGGUUCCGCGGUCAUGGCGCUCUAUGACCCCUACAGACACGACAUGGUGGCAGUCCUUGGGGAGACCACAGGCUGCCUGGCCCUGCCAAAUCUGCGAGACAAGAUGAAAAACCACCCUGAAGGUUACCACAUCCUCCAGGAACGGCCUCGCAUCCGUCUCUCCACUCUGGACAUGGCCAGGCUGCAGGGGCUGCCGGAUGGCUCUCUGGGCCGGGAGUACGCCCGGUUCUUGGAGGACAAUAAGGUUUCUCCAGACACCCGGAUGCCACCCAAGUUUGUUGAUGAUGAAGAGCUGGCAUACGUGAUCCAGCGGUACCGGGAAGUCCAUGACCUGAUGCACACCCUCCUGGGCAUGCCAACCAACAUGCUGGGUGAGGUCGUGGUGAAAUGGUUCGAAGCCGUCCAGACAGGGCUGCCCAUGUGUGUCCUGGGAGCAGCGUUCGGCCCCGUCCGGCUCAGCACGCGAAAGUUGCAGGUCCUGGCCACCGAGCUGGUUCCCUGGGCAAUUAGGAGUGGGCUCAAUGCCAGCUGUGUCCUGAACGUCUACUACGAGCAGCGCUGGGAGCAGCCGGUGGAGUCCCUGCGGGAGGAGCUCGGCAUCUUCCCUCCCCCGGCCGUUCGAGUGUGAGAGCUCAUGUCGGGAGGAGCCCGGGGGAUCCCUGUUGGCAGCCAGCAGCCAGCCCCUGCUGCACUCCAUAUCCUCCUGUUGUGCCCGGGAGCACAGCAUGGCUGUAGCUCUGCCACCACAGACCCGAGGGCUGUGUUUUCUCCUGCCAAGAGCUGGCACCAACCAGCUUGCAGGAUGUCAGGGUCUGAUGUGCCUUUGCCAGCUCGGUCUGGCUGGUCAGGUCUCCCAGUAGCAGCAUUCUGGUACUGACACUCCCAGAUGCUGGGAUGGGGAGGGAGCACACUGCAGCAAACUGAUGCCCUGGCCUUCUGCAGCUCUGGGCCUGUGCAGGUAAAUCCUUCCUCCCACUCUUCCUGGGAAGAUCGAGGCUUCAGAUCUUGGGGCUGCCCUGGACUGGAGCUAAACCAGUGAUUUCCAGAGGAGCGCAGAAGCAGGUUUGGUGUGUGCAAUGAUGAAAUCCCACUUUGUACUGGUGCCUAACUAGUGUCCUGUUGGGUCAUACUGGAUGUGCCUCACUCAUGCCUCAGAGACCAGGCAGUGUGUGGUUGUGUGCCCACAGGGCAGGCAGGGAAAUACCUUUGGAUAUUUUCCCUCCUGGAUUGGCUGUUUUGAGAGUCAGUCCUGGUCUGCCAUGCCUCCCUGUAGUCCCUCACCAUUAAAAAUUAUGAAAUCCACAUGAUUGUGCUGGGUGUUCAGUAGAAGUCAUCCCUUCCUUGGGCAACAAAAUGACACAGUUGGGAUUAUGGUGUUGAAUCCAGUGAGUGCGGAAACAGUGGCUGCUGGUGCUGUGUCUGGGAGCUGAUUGCUGUCUGGGUUAAUUAAACUGUGCUCCAGACUGCCAGCAGCCAGGGAGCAGAGUUGCUGGAUGUGAUGGCAAAGAGCCACGAGGCCAGGGGCUCUUGGUUCAUAUUUGCUGUUGGAAUUCCUUCUUGUUUAAUAAAAUCCACACUGGAGCUUGUA